UUCUGGGAGGUCAUCAGUGAUGAGCAUGGAAUCGACCCCACUGGCAGUUACCAUGGAGACAGUGAUUUGCAGCUGGAGAGAAUCAAUGUGUACUACAAUGAAGCCACUGGUAACAAAUACGUACCUCGGGCUAUCCUGGUGGAUCUGGAGCCGGGCACCAUGGACUCCGUCAGGUCUGGACCAUUUGGCCAGAUUUUCAGGCCGGACAACUUCGUAUUUGGCCAGAGUGGUGCAGGAAACAACUGGGCAAAGGGCCACUACACUGAGGGAGCCGAACUGGUGGACUCGGUCCUGGACGUGGUGAGGAAGGAGUCAGAAAGCUGUGACUGUCUGCAGGGCUUCCAGCUGACCCACUCGCUGGGGGGCGGCACGGGGUCCGGCAUGGGCACCCUGCUCAUCAGCAAGAUCCGGGAGGAGUACCCAGACCGCAUCAUGAACACCUUCAGCGUCAUGCCCUCGCCCAAGGUGUCCGACACGGUGGUCGAGCCCUACAACGCCACCCUGUCCGUGCACCAGCUGGUGGAGAACACGGAUGAAACCUACUGCAUCGACAACGAAGCCCUGUACGACAUCUGCUUCCGCACCCUGAAACUGACCACGCCCACGUACGGAG